UUCAGCGCAUGUGACAAAUACAACUGUAUUUUAUUUUAUAUAUAGUUAUAUAAUACGUCAUUACGUCGCACAACGUCACCACGUGAUCUUUCGUCACUGUUUUGGAAUGGCUUCCUGUAUCUUCUCUUUUCACGCGCUCUAAGAACAUGGAUUACUGUUUAACGCUAUUAAACCCUUUUUUUAAGAACUACCAUAGAAGAGGCAAUACACCAAGAGAAAGAUACAGGGCAAUACAGAAACGGAAAAGAGAAACCUUCAAUACCAACUUAAAAUGUUCUUAUUCCAGUUACCAGAGGUUGUGCUCUACCACAUUAUGUCAUAUUUGGAAUACAAGUCUUUGAGUCGCCUUUCUCAAGUUUGCAAAACAAUUUACCAUUUUGCAAAUCGUGACGCCGUAUGGAGGAAGAUAGCAAAAGAGUUAAUAAACACUGGAAUUACACGACAAGGAGCAGAUGUGUAUCCCCACAUCCCUCUGAAGGACAGAGUGAAGGUAUCUCAGAACUGGUGCCAUGGGAUCUGCAGAAAGGAAGUCAUGCUCAAAUGGAGGAUUAACUUGUUGCCGUGGAUACAGCUAGACGGGGAUGUGCUGUAUCUGUCUCAGGCUGCAGACAUCGGAGCGUACCAUCUGAGGCCGGACACGGGGAAGCUCCAGCGCAGCCCCAUGGCUCUGUUCUCAGGACACCUGGAAGACGUGUGUCGAUUUGCUGUGACUGACACACACCUCGUUAGUGGAGGAAGUGAUGGUAAGAUCCUGGUGCACCACAGGAGGAAUGGGUUCUCAAUGGAGUACUCAGGUCACAACCAGGAAGUGAAUUGCCUGGACUGCAGAGGAGGACUGAUUGUCAGCGGCUCCAGAGACAGAACAGCCCGGAUUUGGACUUUGUCUUCCAACUGCCCCAGAGACACGAUCCCUAUGAACGACAGGGUGUGGUCUGUGGCUAUUAGUCCCACACAGAGCUCCUUCGUGACUGGCACAGCCUGCUGUGCGAACUUCUCUCCUCUGCGGAUCUGGGAUGUUGAAAGGUGUGAGCUGCUGUGUUGUCUGGGUUCAGAGUUCCGUCGGGGUGCAGGUGUGUUGGAUAUAGUCUAUGAGUCGCCUGUCCAGCUGCUCACCUGUGGCUAUGACACCUACAUCCGCUCCUGGGACCUUCGCCUCAGCCCCAGGAAGUGUGUCAUGGAGUGGGAGGAGCCUCACGACAGUGCCCUCUACUGCAUCCAGACGGAUGGGAAUCACAUGAUUGCCAGUGGCUCCUCUUACUAUGGCGUCAUACGGACGUGGGAUAAGCGGCAAACCCGCUGCUUAGAGAUGUUCCAGCUGUCCUCUGCUGUGAGUAGCCCAGUGUACUGCCUGCGUUUCAACACCUCUCACCUGUACGCUGCCCUCGCCACAGCACUGCACUCUCUUGACUUCAAACAGGGCCCCCGGCCUCGCAGAUAACGCCCACUCCCACAGACAGCUGUUAGGAUUUAAAACAAUAAAUUCUAUGUUUUUGACAGUAAAUGGCUUCAUUCUCUGUAAUAACUGGAACUCUGAAGCUAGAAAGACCGUUGGGAAUGUCCAUGCAUGAAAUAUCAAAUAUGGGGAUACGCCACACUGAUACCAACAUAUUAACCUCUGCCAGGGCAACACAUAUCCUGGACUAGAGGGCAUGCAAUAACCUGUUGUUACAGAACUAAUCCAGUGGCCUGGAGGCCCACAGACACACACAAACAGGCUAAAGCCCUAACCUAGAUAAGUCUUCCAUUGAAGAACACACAGGGAGGUGUUUCCACCUUACACUUUGAGUGGCUGUGGGUUCUGUCAUUUGCUUUGAGGGGAUAAAACCAUAUUAGCCACUGACAGUAACAUAGAAACGCCGUGUUUAGGCUUCCAUUCAUUUGACCUCAACACCUGUGAUCAAUCAGUUUUAUGGAUUGAAGUGUUUGAGCUUAGAAAAUCCACAUCUUAUAAUGUAAGGAUUCAUUUGAUGGACAGAUGUCAAAUAUACACACAUCUGGCAUAUCAAAGUUCUAGAAGCAUAUCCAAACCCCACGUACACCUGGCGGUGUGUCAGUCAUAGAUAGUUCAAAUUAGACUCAUUUCUGUCUUCGGAUUCGUUUGGUCAGUGGGGAGAGAUAGUUUGGGGGUUUAUUCUGUGUUGUGCUUGGGUGGGAGGGUGAUUUGGAGAUUGGGGUGUGUGCAUUUGGCGGGGUUCCACAGUGAAUUCCCGGAGACCCUCCCUGCUGGCCAUUAAUGGCAUAUAUUAGAUCAUAUGCAAGGUGGGGCAGUCCAUUAGCUUAUAUCACAGUAGCAGAAAAGAGGAAUGGCCAUGCUGCGGACAGACAUUGCACAACCAUGCAGGAGAUGUGGCCCCCAGAGACGGCAGAGUUGAAUUAAUCAUAACUACCCAGGGAAGGGGCCCCACAGAAGUUGUUCAGUAGUGUGGCCAGUGUUUUGUUAUCUGUAACUCAGUGGACUGAAACACUGCGUGAAAGGGCUAGAUACACUGGUUUUGCACUGAUGAUAAUGAGGAUUUGAUAGUUUACAAUGUCGUCCUUCCCCUAUUGUGUGGCUUGGUAUGAAAUGCCUGACCGUGUGAGGAAGCACACACAUACACACACACAGAGGAUGCCCCAGACGGAAGAGCCUUUAGGCCACACUACUUGGUACCCACGAUGCAGUGCUGUUGUCUGAGGUUCCGUCACAAACUCAACACAGUGACUCACCCAACCCCACCACCCACCUACCCCACUCUCAGGAAGAGGCUGAAAUGAAGACCCCCUGGUGGGACAGAAGUGGUGGAGAAGGGGCUGGGCUGAGGGUCACACGAAGGGUAUUUGUGGUAUCCCUCAUCACACCUAAAGAGCCCACACACACCAAUACGCACAACACACUCACCUAGCUACACUUGCACAAACCAUGGGCUCACAUACAGACUCAAUAGUGAGUGAUGUAUGCCUUGCCUAUGCCUGCCCCUCUCCCUCAGUAGUGUCAGUUUGGUGGGAAUGGAUGAGGAGGAGUGGGUGCAGAGGGCACCUGUGCAAACCUCUCUCAGUCACAGGUGAUGGGAGCUUAGCAGGGAGACAAAGGAUUUCACCUCACUCAACUCUGCCACACUGCCUUAAUUUCUGUGACAUCAUAUUCAGUUACAUCAUGAUUUAGAAAGCUACUGUUGUACAAGUUGUACCACUGUAAUUUACAUCUAAACAAUGUGAUUCCUGUUUCAGAAAUGUAUAUAACAACUUGUCCAUUGACAGAAAUGAUUAAAUCCAUGGUUAUUUGUUA